AUGCCUUCCACCAUCACUUUGUUCGCUGUUGGGGUUCUCGCUCCCGUUUGGGGUGUGGCAGCUGCCAAACUUCCUUCUACCGCUCAGAUCAUUGACCAGAAGUCUUUCAACGUUCUGAAGGAUGUGCCACCUCCUGCUGUGGCCAACGACACACUGGUCUUUACCUGGCCCGGAGUGACUGAGGACUCUCUUCUUGAGAAGCCCUUCCACGUCUACGAUGAAGAGUUCUACGACGUUAUUGGAAAGGACCCCUCUCUGACCCUCAUCGCAACCUCCGACACAGACCCCAUCUUCCAUGAGGCUGUCGUCUGGUACCCUCCCACCGAAGAAGUCUUCUUUGUCCAGAACGCAGGCGCCCCUGCUGCUGGAACAGGAUUGAACAAGUCUUCCAUCAUUCAGAAGAUCUCUCUCAAGGAGGCCGAUGCUGUUCGCAAGGGUAGCAAGGAUGAAGUGAAGGUCACAGUCGUCGACUCUAAUCCUCAAGUCAUCAACCCCAAUGGUGGGACCUACUACAAGGGAGACAUCAUCUUCGCAGGUGAAGGUCAAGGUGAUGAGGUUCCCUCGUCGCUUUUCCGCAUGAACCCUCUCCCUCCCUACAACACCACUGUCCUCCUCAACAACUACUUCGGUCGCCAAUUCAACUCACUGAACGACGUUGGCAUCAACCCCAGGAACGGUGAUCUGUACUUCACCGACACCCUUUACGGAUAUCUCCAAGAUUUCCGCCCUGUUCCUGGUCUGCGAAACCAAGUCUACCGAUACAACUUUGACAGUGGUGCUGUGACUGUUGUCGCCGACGACUUCACCCUUCCCAACGGUAUCGGCUUUGCUCCUGAUGGCAAGCGUGUUUAUGUCACCGACACUGGAAUCGCCCUCGGCUUCUACGGUCGCAACCUCUCCUCUCCCGCCUCGGUUUACUCCUUCGACGUGAACCAGGACGGCACUCUGCAGAACCGCAAGACCUUUGCCUACGUCUCCUCUUUCAUUCCCGAUGGUGUCCAUACUGACUCCAAGGGCCGUGUGUACGCUGGCUGCGGUGAUGGUGUCCACGUCUGGAACACCUCUGGCAAGCUCAUUGGCAAGAUCUACACCGGAGCUGUUGCUGCCAACUUCCAGUUCGCCGGAAAGGGAAGGAUGAUUAUCACUGGACAGACCAAGCUGUUUUAUGUCACUUUGGCUGCUGAGGGUCCUAAGCUCUACAACUAG